GACGUUUCGGAGAUUCUGACGGAUGCACUCAUGCCAUGCGCACCGUUGUCUCCUUCGAAGUUUCUAUUUAGCCGUGGGCGAUAAAGGCAGGUCAAGACCGUGCCCAGUAACCGAACUAUGCAGAAAAUAAAAAAAAAAAACUUACCAAGGAAAACCUCGAUUAUUCGAGUUCUGGAGAUCAGCUCAGCGACACAGAUCCGCUUGGGGACCGACGAUAUUGACGUGAUCUACAUUCAACCGUCAUCGUCAUGGUCUUCUUUGACCAUUGUUGCAGUUCUCGUCGUCGCUAUACUGGUAGGGAUUACACUCAUCUCUCUGUGGUGGAUUAUUCCAUUAUUCGUUCUACAUGCAGCGGCACGCAAGAUCAUAAUCGUACCGAAAUCAGAGGCGCUUCAGGAUUUCAUCGAAGGAAGAGACCUGUAUCAGCGAAUCUACAUCUUCAACCUUAUGAACCCCGAGGAAGUCUAUAAAGGGCAGAAGCCAAGCAUAUCCCAAAUGGGACCCUACACGUUCAAGUUUCGUAACCAUCGGUCGGUGGCAUUCAAAGGUGAUGACCUUCUGCAAUAUAUCGAUAAGCCCUCGUAUAUCUUCAUGGAAAAAGAAUCCAAAGGGAAGCUCGAAGACAAAGUGACUACUGUUGACCCGCUUGUGGCCUUAGUAACUUUUAGCUCGAAUGUGCCAGAGGCUCUACGGAAACAGAUACUUGGUCCUAAAUUCGGCGAUCGCAAAACGUUCGCGGUAAGGACCGUUCGGCAGCUCCUUUACGAAGGAUACAGAGACGAUAUCCUGGAUUUCAUGAGAGGUACUCUAGGUGUGAAUCUGCCCGACAAGAUGGGAUAUCUAUAUGGUCGUAAUGGUUCCGCAGCUCAAGCGAUUACUAUUAACACAGGAGCGAAGAAUAUUAACGACCUGGGAAAAAUCAUACUCAUAGACGGAAAGAAGCAACUUCCUUUUUACAAGUCGCCAUGCGAUAAGAUUGAAGGAACAAACGGUGAGCGCCAAGCUCAGUUUCCUCCCUCAUCGCCCCCACCAUCGAUCACCGUGUUUAUGCCUUCAUUAUGUAGACCUUGGCGUCUGGAGCUAUCGAACGAAGGCGAAACCGACGUUUAUGGCCUUCAAGUUACGCGAUAUGCUGCUACCAAAAGCACGUUCAGUAUAGGAAAACAUACCGAAAACGCCAUGUGCUCAGAACCUAGGUCAACAGGAAUUGCAGGCACAUUUGAUGCAUCCCUCUGUCACCGAGGCUUGCCAACAGUGCUUAGUCUUCCACAUUUCCUUCACACCGACGCUAAAAAAGACGAUUUUGCGAAGGGUAUAAACCCAGACCCAAGCAUCCAUGAUUUGUAUUUGGACCUGUACGGGCCGGUUGGUGCCACUAUAAAUGCAGCCAUAAGAGUUCAGACGAGCAUUCAAAUCCAAAAAGGACCAAACGACGGUGAACUGCUUGAUACAAUCUUUCCUGUAUUCUGGCAAGAAGUUAUCGUACCCAAUGAAACUCUCAAAGUAAUAGCUAAGAGGCUAAUCUCAAAAGUGCAGAUUCCUCUUAGAUUGUAUCCGUUGAUUGCGCUCAUCAUAGCGAUCAUCUACCUCAUUACAUCGCUACUUCUGGUGGUAUGGCUCAUUCGAAAAGAAAGGGCAAAGAAAAUUCUAAAAAAGUUUCAUAUGUCAACCGGAGACGUAACGUUGUCCGAUUCAUCUGUAUCAGAUUCAUCAGAAUCAAGAACGUUGUCAUGGUACGACAACUUACUUAGUACGGAUCGUGGUCCGGAAAGUCACGCCCAACGGGAAGAACCAGAAGACACAACGGACACAGCUAGGAAGGUGCGCCAUGCACCAACCACCAAAGGUCCCUUGAGAACUGCGGGAAAAACACGUGGUGAUUUUUUAACCCAAACACACACGCGUACACUACAAAUGAGUGCCGGUCAUCGCACAAAAGGACGCCAGAUUGACAGGAAGUUGACGAAGGCGAAAGGUAAACGAAACGAUCUAUCUCCCUCACCAACAUCCCGUUCUAGGUUAAAACGCCAGUCUAAAUUUCGUCGGCGAAGCCGCAAUGUGCUAAAGGCAAAGGCAAAGCAAAAACGAAAGCUAUUCGAAGAACGUGAAUCUGUUGCUCAGGCCGAAAUGAAUAAAAGGACCGGGGAAAAUUUGCUACCAGAUCAAGAUUCAGCGAAGAAGUCGGAAGUACGAACAUCGAUAGAGGAAGAAAAAGCGCAUCAUGACACCGAGGUAAUGUCGGAAAUCCAGGAAGAAUCAAUGAGAAACUUAAGCCCGGGUGGAGAAUCCGAGCAAAAGUCGACAGCAAAGCUAGAAUCGACACCCGCACAAGGAAGUGGACAGGUUUUUUCCGACAACAACAUACAAGACAUAGACGGAAUGUUGUGUAUAUCAGCAAGAGGUUACACAGGAGGAUCCCAUCACUACACACAGCCGCGGAAUCGCCGCAUCUCAAAAAAGGUCUCUCGUCCUAGCAAACUACACACAGAGCUGACGAGUUACACUGGUUCUAAAGGAUCUGAAGUCAUUUUAUUCCGUGAUAUGCUAGGGCUUAGUUUAGCUGACUCAGAAAGAUUGAUAAGCCAUAAUUUCGACGACGUUGAAGAUUUGUCUGGACAGACCCAAUUAGACUUCAAUGAAAGUGAUGACUAGCUGUAAUAAUCGGUAUCUGCGCAAAUGCUGUACAUUACGGCUGGACUAAGCGAAAGCUUUACACCCACCCAGUCCUGCAGCCGAGCAGUGAGUGGGCAUUGAAGAAACUCGCUAGAGCGCUGAGCUUACUAGAACACAGUCGGAAGUACUGGCUUGUCUAGAAGCGGUAGACUAUCAGAGAUGUUUGAAGGAUGCUAUUGAGUGGGUUGACAAGAGGAUAUUCUUGUGCACCUCAUAGCUUAAGCGGUCACUGGCACGCAACGAUGCCAGCGUUUGCACUAGUACUUGUGAUUACUACGCCGUAUAUUUAGGGUGUGGGAACAACUACGUUAUCGAAAUACUGUUAUUUUCCCUGAAUGGUCCUCGUACAUGAGGGCUGGCGUGUUCGAGCAUCAUUUAAGUGAGCUAAUUUACGGUCAAUUGCGAGUACACACCUGAACAUGCAAGACGCAUGAUUUCUUUUGGCUUCGUUCAUUCAAAAAAAUGAAUACUUCCUGCAAAUUGGAAUCA